AUGGUUAAGUUGAUUAUAGAUCUUGUAUUGUUGGUUUUCAUGUCCUGGUUUGCCUAUCCUCAGCAAACCUGCAACCGAUUAGACCAACAGUCUCUCUUGUCUCUCAACUUCACCUUACCAUCCCCUCCGUUGAAUUGGUCUUCUUCCAUUAAAUGCUGCCUCUGGGAAGGGAUCAAAUGUAACGCCGAUGGUUAUGUCACUCAUCUGUUUUUACUCUGCAGAGGCCUUAGUGGUAGCAUUUCCCCUUCUAUAGGGAACCUUACACAUCUCUAUCAUAUCAACCUUUCCCACAAUCGCCUCUCCGGUCCUCUUCCAAACAGUUACUUUCCAUCGUUAACUCGACUUGAAACUCUUGAUUUGAGCUAUAACUAUAUUUCUGGUGAAUUUCUAUCAUCACUGUCAUCCAAUUACAUCAAGAUUGUAGACUUAUCCAGCAAUAUCUUCCAUGGGAUGAUCCCAUCAUCCUUCUUCAGGCUAGCUAAACGUUUAAGGACUUUUAAUAUCAGUAACAAUAGUUUCACUGGUGUUGUUCCAUCCUCAACCUGGACCGGAUCUGUGUGCUCUGUCAGCAUCCUGGAUUUCUCCUACAAUGAAUUCAGUGGCCCGGUUCCUCUUGGACUUGGAAAUUGCUCCAAAUUAAAGACUUUUCGAGCGGGUUUCAAUAGCCUCUCAGGCUCACUUCCUGAAGAUAUUUUCUCUGUCACAUCACUUGAAGAAAUCUCAUUACCUGUCAAUUAUCUCUCCGGUUCCAUCAGCAAUGGCAUCGUCAACCUCUCAGGCCUUUCAAUUCUUGAACUUUACUCAAACCAAUUGAUUGGCUUGAUCCCCAGAGAUAUUGGUAAGCUUACCAACUUAAAAAUUUUGCUCCUUUAUGAUAACUACCUAUCUGGGUCUCUUCCCCCAUCAAUGAAGAAUUGUAUUAAUCUCACCACGUUGAAUUUACGGAAUAACUCCUUUGAGGGAGAGCUUUCAGCAUUUAACUUCUCAGCUCUUCUCCAGCUUUGCAAACUCGAUCUCGGUAACAAUCAUUUUACAGGUAGCUUACAGUUGACUUUUAAUUCAUGCAAAUUUCUGACUACAAUUAGGCUUUCUAGUAACCAUCUAGUGGGGCAAAUUUCACCGGAUAUAGUUGCCCUGGAAUCUCUCUCGUACCUCUCACUUUCUAGGAACUUUAUAACAAAUAUCACAGGCGCCAUCAGGAUUUUAAAGGGUUGCCAGAACCUCAGAGUUCUCAUCCUCUCUGUGAAUUUCAUUGAAGAAGCAGUCCCAGAUGAUAACCAAAUAACAUUCUCACACGGAUUUCAAAAUCUCCAGGUUCUGGCUUUAGGAGGCUGCCAAUUGAGAGGUCAAGUUCCAACCUGGAUAGGUAAACUCAGACGGCUACAGGUUUUAGACCUAUCAGCGAAUCAAAUCACUGGUGAAAUUCCAGGUUUGUUAGAGAAUUUGACAAGUCUGUUCUACAUGGACUUGUCACAAAACCUUAUGUCAGGAAAAAUUCCGAAGAAACUUGGCGAAAUCCCAAUGUUCACAUCGAAAGAAGCUAACGAUCAAGCUAACAAGAUAAAUUUAGAGCUUCCCAUCUUUGUUAUUCCAAUGAUCAAUGCUCUCAAUCUGCAGUAUAACAAAAUCUUGUACCUACCACCAGCCACAUACCUGGCAAACAACAGCUUUAGUGACAGUAUCCCCAUUGAGAUUGGUCAGUUGAAGUUUCUUCACGUGCUUGACCUCAGCCAUAACAAAUUGUCUGGUGAAAUUCCGAACCAAUUGUCUCAACUCACCAACUUGGAGCAAUUGGAUCUCUCUGCAAAUCAGUUAUCUGGAAAAAUCCCUGCUUCAUUCAGUAGUCUCAAUUUCUUGUCUUCAUUCAACGUUGCAGAUAACAAUCUUCAAGGAACAAUACCUGCAGGAGGUCAGUUUCGUACUUUUCCUAGCACCAGCUUCGAAGGCAAUCCAGGAUUGUGUGGUUAUAUUUUAGAGAACUGUUCUAUUCAACCGAAAAUGAAUAGUCCUCCUGAACCAAGGGAAUCCUCAAACAAUGAGCUCGGUUAUGGACUAAUUGCUGGAGGAGUUUUCGGAUUCAUAAUUGGUUUUACAAUUGGGAUAUUAUACCCCCUUCAUAGAUUGAAGUUUCUGCAGUAUUUUAAGGAAUGGCGAAUGACAGGGAGAGGAAGGAACGAUGUAGAACCAACUUGGGAUGACAUGAUUGCUUUGACCUGA